UUUUUUUUCCCGUGGCGCUCUGGGGCGCGGGCGAUUUGUAGGUAAUGGCGGGCGUUCGGUCACUGAGGUGUAGCAGAGGAUGCGCUGGCGGCUGUGAGUGCGGCGACAAGGGCAAAUGCAGCGACUCCUCGCUGUUGGGCAAGAGACUCUCAGAAGACUCGAGCCGCCACCAGCUGCUGCAGAAGUGGGCGAGCAUGUGGAGCUCCAUGAGCGAAGACGCGUCGGUGGCCGACACGGAGAAGGCGCGGCUGGAGGAGGCGGCGGCUGCGGAGGAGAGGCCGCUGGUGUUCCUGUGCUCCGGCUGCCGGAGGCCGCUGGGCGACUCGCUGAGCUGGGUGGCCAGCCAAGAGGACACCAACUGCAUCCUGCUGCGCUGUGUUUCCUGUAAUGUUUCUGUGGAUAAGGAACAGAAGCUAUCCAAACGUGAAAAGGAAAAUGGUUGCAUCCUUGAGACUUUGUGCUGCGCGGGGUGCUCACUCAAUCUUGGCUACGUGUACAGAUGCACGCCCAAGAAUCUUGAUUACAAAAGAGACUUGUUUUGCCUCAGUGUUGAAGCCAUUGAAAGCACGAGCUCUCUGCCACCAAGGAACUCCUUUUCCCCAAGGGAGAUGACGCCUGGAGCUGUGAAACAAAUCCUGAGCCACGGGAUGAGCGUAGACUUGAGACUCCAGAGUUUGGGAUCCUGGUCCAGAUCAUGCCACUGCUUACCAAGUGGGGUCCUGCCUACCAUAAUCCAGGAAGUGGUCUUCCAGACGUUAAAUAGGAUCAUGAAAUCAAUGGCAUGAGCCUUCACAAGUCCACACCGUUUGUUGGAAAGCCAUCCUUCUUCCAGUGAAUUGCUUUUCACCUUUGUCAAGAAUCAAUUGGUUCUAUCUGUGUGGGUCUGUUUCCAGGCACUCUCUUUUGUUCUGCCAGUACCACACUGUCUUGGGGAGGUAGAUAAAUAGUUCAUUCAUUUGUUAGGACUCUGGCUACACUUUUACUGAAAGAAGUAUUUUAAAACAUUACCAGUUCGACGUGGCCCCACCAUGUCUGGGUUUUCGCUACCCCUGUCCAUCCAUCAGAGUCCCACAACACUGGGAGCUUCUGGAGGGCAGGGAUAGUGACAUUCUUUUUGAUAAGCCCAGCACAGGACCUGUCACAUAGCAGGUGCUCAGUCAUAUUUGUGGGAAAAAAAUGACUAAUGAUUCACUGGCUAAAUACUGUCUACAUUCAAGAAUACAGACAAGAAGUCACAUUUAGAAGGAGGCUUUUAAUCACAGAGUGACCAUUUUACAAACAGGAAGCAGAGACAUUUUUGCUGUGCUCCAGCACUCAAAACUUUUUUCUUUUUUUAAGUAUAGUCUAAUUCAGAUGAAGAAAAUAUACUUAUGGGCUAUGACCUUUUUCCCCAACCAAAAUGAAAUAAUUAUACUAAAUGCCAUGAAAAAAAUGACAUAUAUUUAUACCUAAGAUUAUGUAUUUUACUCAAUAAAAGACUAUGAUGAGGAAAUAGGCACUGGCUUUCACCUUCUGAAAUGGCCAUAUCCAGGCAUCUUUGGAAAGUGACAGGCCACGGAGCCUUAUCAUCCUUCCUCCUGAAGUGGAUUCAGGUUUGUAUUGGAAAAUUCAGUCGCUCUCAGGCUGCUUCUUGCUGCUGUAAAAAUCCUUUCUGGUAUGAAAUUGUCAAGAGAGCAACACAGGAGAAUUUCUUUGAGUCUUCUGUGGGACAAGAAAAUAGCUCGAUAAGGCAGUUUCCAUAAUUGUGCUCUUUAUAGUGAAAUGUUACCUGCUUUGCCUCUGGGAUGUUAAGGGUUGACAUGCGUGUCUUUUAUUACACCUGCCGGGGGAGGAAAGAGUGUCAGAAACCCAGCCUGAGAAGCCCUAGUUCCUUCUCUGAUGUUUAAUUUCUCACAUCUCUGCUUCAGACAGUCUGGUCUAGCGGACAGGCAACAAGGCCGAGGAAGCUGGCUCCAAGUCUUCCUAAAUUCUCAGGAACUCCAUGUUCCUUCCUUCUAAGGAAAGGGAAAUAGGAUGUAGCCCAUCACCCUGCUGCACCAUCUUCACUGAGGCAGAAUCAUAAGAAUGAUGACACUUAAGUUGCCAUUUGGUGUCACAUCCUUGACAGUUGGCUCUCUCGCUUUCUUGAGUAUUUUUUUUUUUAUUGUCAGCUAGAUAUUUUGCUUCUUCAAAUAAAGCAGUACUCCACUGGAAUGUUGCUCGGAUUUUAAUUGUGUUUUCUUUGGAUGGAGAAAAAUUUGAAGUUCUACUUUCGUAAUAACCACACC